AUGGCUGGUGGAACACCAGCUGGAGAACCUGCAGUAGGAUCUGAUACACCGCGUCAAAAAGGAAUAGCGACAUCUGACACGCUCAAGACUGGUUGCAUUGCAUGGGUCGAAAAAGAGGGGCAGCCACGACGUGCUGAGAUUCUAAGCAUUAAAGAAACAAAAAGCGGCAAACAAUUUUAUUGCAACUUUGACAAUUUCAACAAACGAUUGGACGAAUGGGUGCCUGUCGCGAGGAUUGACUUUUCUCAAGACGUAGAAUGGGCCAACCUCGACAAAGACAAACCAAAGGACUUGAAGACGAAGAAAGCGGCGCCGCAAACAAAGAAAGCCCAGGUCCCGAAGAAAAACCAGAAGAGGCCUAGCAAGCGGGAGCUAUCUGCGAAUUCCGACGUGGCAACACCUCAUCCCUGGACAGAUUUCGUAGAGUCUCAAAUUCAAACUCCAUCCGGGGGACUUGACGACUCGCAAACACAAACGAGCGCUGAUGCAACUGCGACACCAAUAGCUGCUGACGAAGGGGAAGCCGAUGACAAAUAUGAAGAUCUUAAGAGGGAGGAGAAUAAGUUCAGUCGCGAGGAGGAAAUCGAGAAACUAAGGACGUCGGGCUCCAUGACUCAAAAUCCUGCGGAGAUUUCCCGAAUCCGAAACAUCUCGAAGGUCCAGUUCGGCAAGAAAGACUUGUUUCCGUGGUAUUUCUCCCCAUACCCGGAAAUUUUCGGUCAGGAAGAUGUCAUCUUCAUUUGCGAGUUCUGUCUAAGCUAUUACGGUGAUGAGACAGCCUUUUUGCGGCACAGAAAAAAAUGUACCCUGCAACACCCCCCAGGAAACGAAAUAUAUCGUGAUGACUAUGUUUCAUUCUUCGAGAUAGAUGGUCGCCGCCAAAGGACAUGGUGCAGAAACCUUUGCCUUUUGUCAAAGAUGUUCUUGGAUCAUAAAACGCUUUAUUAUGAUGUGGAUCCUUUUUUAUUCUACGUCAUGGCCAGCCGAACAGACAAAGGAUGUCACAUCGUAGGGUAUUUUUCCAAAGAGAAAGAAAGCGCAGAUGGAUACAAUGUUGCCUGCAUUCUUACUCUCCCUCAGUACCAGCGGAAGGGCUACGGAAGGCUCUUAAUCCAGUUCUCGUACGAGCUCUCUAGGAUCGAAGGCAAGCUGGGGUCACCAGAAAAACCGUUAUCCGACUUGGGCCUACUGAGCUAUCGACAAUACUGGUCAGAAAAUAUUCUCGAUUUACUAAUGGGGUAUCACGAACGAGAGGAAAAGGUUACGAUCGAAGCAAUAUCGUCUGCUCUUGCAAUGACCACUCAAGAUGUGGAGCAUACCCUUCAGGCAAUGAAGAUGCAAGUUUAUCACAAAAGUGAUCACAAAAUCGUCAUUCCUGAGAGCUUGAUCAAGUUGAGAGACCAACAGAGAGUGAAGCAAAGGCGAGUGCUCGAUCCGGGAAGAAUACAAUGGAAACCGCCAGUCUUCACUGCAUUCAGCCGGACUUGGGUAGGGCCCCAGGUAUCGAGACCCUGUACCUAUGCGAUGAAUGUUCCCCACACCUACUUGGUCGAACUACAACUUCUCGUUCGACUGACUCUGAGGCUCAGUAUAUCGGGAUCUGGCUUUCGAAUCGGCAUGAUAUGUAUUAUGAUCGUGUUCAAGUCGACACUAGGCUUCUUUGUUGCCACUGGCACCAAUCUCCACGGGACCCUCGGCAACGACCGCCGCCCCUGGGGCGGAUGGGAUUGCAAUAGAGAAAUAGUAUGUAAUUCUGUACGUAGUGACCAUAGCUAA